CUGAUUCGUUAGGUUCGCUGCGGAGUCUCUGGCUUGCUUGCUACGCGGCAUUUCUGGACUUGCCACUCGGGCACGGGCGCACUCUUUCCUCUGUUUCGAUCAUUUGUUGUGCAUGCCGCUUCAUUUUCUUUAACGAUUAACUUUUCUCACACAAAUCCAUUAGUCGUAUUGCACAGAUAAUUUGCGCCUAUUACCCAAGCGCGAUUUAAUUUAGUGGACAUGGUGCUCUUGACACUUUUCUAUUUGAAUGAAAUAAGGGAAUUAUGAGGGCUGGAUUCGUCGUUUGACGCAACUUUAAUGAACACCAGGAGAUAGUGAAGCCAAGGAAGACUGGCCGGAGCUUUAUUAUACACAACCAGAUACAGUUUGCCAAGGACCUUUUGCCAAUGUACUUCAAGCACAGCAACAUGGCAAGUUUUAUCAGGCAGCUUAACAUGUAUGGCUUUCGCAAAGUGGCAAACAUGGACCAGGGAUUGAGGACAGAGCGAGAAGACAUAGAAUUUUUUCAUGACUUCUUUGUUCGUGGUCAAGAAUGUCUUCUUGGUCUCAUCAAACGGAAGGUGCCAUCAAGCAGGCCUCACUGUGCUGAAGAUGGACAGGCUGACGCUGAAGUCCUAAAAAAACUAUUAACUAAUGCAGGCAACAUGCAUGAACGCCAAGAGAAAAUGGACCGAUUGCUUGCCAACAUGAAAAAAGAAAAUGAGUCUCUUUGGCGGGAAGUUGUCCGACUGCGCGAGAAGCACAAUAAGCAGCAGCAGAUUGUUGAGAAGCUCAUUCAGUUUCUUAUCACCAUGGUGCAGGCCAACCGUAACAUGACUGUAAAGCGCAAGAUACCACUGAUGCUUCAUGAUAGCCCAACCUCCAGCUCCAAGAGGUGUCGACUGACCAAGAGUGCCUUCAUUACCGAUUACCAGCCUGGAAGUUCCCAGUAUUCUGAAGGCCCUGUAAUUCAUGAUGUUACUGACCUGAUGGAAGAACUUGGUGACACAGACAGCAUCAUUGUUCCUGAGCUGAUGAGCUCUGCCCCAAUGGCAGCUUUGGUUUCUGCACCCUCGAUGCCUGAACUGCCCUCGGCUUCAUCAGUGACCUGUAGUGAAUUGGACACUAUUCCUGUAGUGUCCAGCCCCCUCAGUUCAGAUGAUGUUAUCGAGCCUCUGUGUCUGCUCGAACCCUUACAAGAUCCUCAGAGUUCAGACAUUGAAGAAGUCGUGGAUUCAGCUGUACCUAGUCCACAAGAUCCACAUGUAACCUCUUCUAAAGGCAUGCAAGAACUUGUUUUAAAGGCUUCACAGGCUGUGACACCUGCUGCUUCCAACAUAAAACUGGUCACUUCUCCAAUAUCUGAUUUUUCAUCUCACUUGAUUGUUGAGGAAGACGCAACACUACUUGGUGACAAGCAGAGUACCAAUGGCACUUCAAAUGUGCUGAAUAGCUGUGCCACGUUGGAAGACCUUCCCAACUUCGCAGGCAGUGUGCCUGCAACUAUUUCUACAUCAACCCCUGCUACUUCCGGUACUGAGCUCACCACAGAGAAGAGUCCCACACGGAAGGAGGAUGCGACAGACACACCAUCAAGCCAGGUUAUGCAAGUGGCAUUGCAGGACAAAAAUUCUGGCACCACAAAGAUUUUUGCAGAUCACGUGGAAUCUAUAGAUUAUGACCUGGACUGGCUACAGGACCAGCUGUCAGGAGGAGGGCUGAACUUGGACACUUCCACACUCAUGGGGGUAUGUCCAGAGUGGACAGGGCUUCUCUCGGGAUCACCAAAGUUGUUUUCUCCAGAAGAAACUUUGACAUCUCGCUUAGGAGACCUGGCCACUGAAAGCAGAUCAUCAGAUAUUACUGGUAAUGAGUUAGUGAAGUAUACACCAAGCGUCCUCGACCUGGGCAUUGAAGAAUGCUCUUCAUUCCAGCCUGAAAAUGAAAUACUGCUGUCUGAUGACGAACUUCCAAUAAGUUCAGCUGCAUUCAAUGCUGCUAAUAGCAAAUCCUCAGCCCCCAGGUCCAGCCCACUAGGUACAUGUGAGCAAAGUGAUAGCUCGCAGUCAGCAUCUCCCUCCUCUCUGUUCCAACAAAACUUCAAAUCAGUUUUGCCAACUAAAUCUCGCCCAGCUGGAAAGAGGGGCACAUCAUCAGGCAGAAAACGGCGUGGUGGUAGCAAGAAGUGAAGUGGACUGUAGUUUCCACAAGAUAUAAUGUGUACCAUGCUAGCCCUGAGGUUAGUAUCCAACACGCUGGAAUGUUGAGUCAGGCUCGUGUGGUUGUGCAUUUGCACCUAAUUGCUAAAUUCUAUCUAGAGCAGAAUUCUAAAAUGCUCCGCUGUUAACUAUACAUUCAAUAGCAGUGGAAACAUCACAUACAGUGAUGCCGUCAAAAAACAACACUAGUUCUAGACUGCACCAAAUGCACGGCACAUUAUAUGCACAAUUGAAAUUUGGAGCUGGCCCCCCUUUAUUGUAGCCGUUGUUGUAGGCCAAGCUCUGGUUGAUCAAGAAUGGAGAGGACACUUGUCAAACUGUACACCACAGUCAAGAAAGAUUAACUGACAAGAUUGACGACCACUGACGUGCACCUCUAUUGUUGUUCAGGACUGGAAGCUUGGACAAAAUAAUAAAGGCAAUUUGAAUACUAC